AUGGAGAAGUUGAGGUUUCCUUCGGCUGCCUUCGUACGCGGCGCCAGAGCCUAUGUUUGCAAUAGAUACCCUGUCGUUUUGCCGGAUACAGCAGCAGUGGUCGGAAUGGCGUGGAUUCGCGUGUGCAGGGGGUCGACAGCAGCAGCAGCACGUCCUUAUCUGCAAAACACAAGCUGAGAAUGAAAAUUGGCCAAGUCUCUACCGGAGUUGUGAUCAUUGUUGAGGCGUUCUCGUUGGUCCGGUGUUGGGUUGCCCUUGUGUGCGUGGGCUGGUCUUUGGUAGUAGUGGAGUAUCAAUAGGAAGCUUUUCUGUUCCGGCUGUGCAUUGCAUACCAUCGGCGUUUGGUGGGACCGUUUGUUUGGGCGUCCUCGCAUGAAAGGGCUGGUCGUUAGCACGGUGUGUCGAGAGGGUAGAUUGCUGUAAUGGCUGUGCAUUGCAUGCAAGCUCGGGGCCGCCUAGAGAGCACACUCUAUGCUGACAAACCCGACAAUAGACCCGGCCUUUCUCCUGAUUGGCUGCCCGGAUGGAUUUUUCGUCCUAAUGUUGGUGCUGCAGCCGUGCACGACUCUGUCGGAAUUGCCAUAAUCGUUCUCGGCGUUGGAUAGUUGUGCCUAUAGAGUGGAUCUCGUGGGUUAGGCAGGUGUGUCAUUGUUCUGUGCGCUUAUACUAGUGUUUGGUUGCGCAGAGAAACGCAUUGAUUGGUGUUGUGAUGCGUGUGCAUGUUUUAGUGUGUUGCGUGGGGUGUCCAGGUGUGUUCCUUUCGUGGAAGGUGCAUGUGCAGAAAAAGAAACAACAGGUAGCCUUGUCGUUCUCAUGGUCGUACACGAGUACAAAUGCAUUAUUCAUGUUUUAUCUCCAGGAGUUCCCUCACUGUUGUCACCUUCGGAGAGUAGAGCAUUGAAUAUGGCUACCCAGGCGUGCCCGUUAGAUUUGCUAGGUUCCGUAUCCUAGGCUGUGACCGUUUUUCUGUAUAGCGCGCGCUGUCCUUCCGUUGGCCGGGUUGGGGGGUGCAUGGCGAAGAGCGUGUGAUCUUUGUCGGAAAGAAGAGGAAGCAUCGUAUGGCAGCUAGCUGGAAAGAGUGA